AGUCACCGCACUUGUAAAGUUACCGGCAAAUGGGCUGCGAUUGUGUGGUUUGAAUAUUUGUUUUUUUAACAUUAGAAUAGAUACGCGUCGGUAACAUAAGUAUUUCUAUUUUGAGUACUCCCAAAAUCACGUACCAUGGCGGAUAAGCUACUGACGGCCGUUUGCUGUUUGUUUUUAACGUGUUUCUUGUUAGUUCCAAAAACCGUUGAAUGCGCCAAACUACAAGCUCUACCGCUACCUUCAUACAUAGGCAAAGGUUGCCUUCGAGAUGAUCCGAACCUAAACGAAUGUGUGGUGCGUAAGGGAGCUCCAGUGAUUGAACGGAUUGUAAAGGGAGAUCCAAAAUACAGGAUACCGAAAUUAGACCCGCUGGUUAUUCCGGCGAUGACAAUCCAACAAGGUACCAAACAGGUGGGAUUGACGAUGACUUGCAGAAAUUGCGAGUUACACGGACUUAGGGAAACUAGAUUCGUCAAAGCCAGGGUUGACGAAAAAAAUAGGCAUGUCGAAUGGGAUUUUGAACUCGAUCGAUGCAUGUUCCUCGGGCAAUAUUCUAUUGCAGGACAAGUGCUGAUAUUGCCAAUCAAAGGUGACGGCACGGCUAACAUCACAGUCAAUGGAAUAACGUUUACGUAUUUGUACGACUACGAUUUGGCGAAAAGACCCAACGGAAAAGAAUAUGUUGAUAUUACUAAGAGUGAGUUAAAGUUUAACGCCAAUGGAAUGAAAUUGAAAUUGGACAACUUAUUCAACGGCGACAAACUAUUAGGUGACAACAUGAACGCUUUUUUAAAUGAAAACUGGAGAGAUCUGUUGAAGGAAUUCGGACCGGCUAUUGGUGAUGCUUUUGGAACGAUUAUGAAAAACACCCUUGGAUCAGUUUCGGAUCUAGUGCCCUAUGAUUUCAUAUUUCCCACCAGUUAAUAAUGCAUGGACCAUUUUUGAAAACGUUUAAAUUUUAAUUAAACAUAUAAUGCACUUAUAUAGUGCGCAAAAGAUACUUGCUGCAAAGACAAUACAGUAUAGUAACUCCGUUGAUGCAUAUUCCAAAAUGCACAUAGUUAUGAGUUAUACACUUAUUCAAUAUGUAAUUGGCGGUUUUAAAGGGAACGGGAAAAAACUGUAUAAAAAAUAAUAAAACCCUGUCACUUUCCGAGGAGCCUACCAACCGAUUUUAUAAAUUAUCUUUAAUUAUAAAGACUAAAGCUAAACGGCUUAUUUUGUAUUUAGUUACGUUUUAAAAAAUGUGUUGUUUAAAUUUUUACUUUUAUAUAAUUGUUUUUUUAAAUAAAUCGAACUGAUUUUCUAACAACUCAUUAAAAAAUCGGACUUACUAGUUCCCAUUAAAAGUCAUCUAAUUAGAAAAAAAAACAAAUUUAUUCUUCUAUGUCUCCAAGGUUAAUUUAUAUUAAAUAUUGCCUACAUAAUAAUUGUGACUUUUCUGUUACUGUGGCCAAUAGUUUGUUUAAUGUUUGUUCCUAUACUAUCAGCUUAAUUCAAAAUUGGUUUCGUAUAAUACUCGACAGAAUAAUAUUAUAACUAGUGAUGUGACAUAAAUCCGGAUUCUGAAUUUAAAAAUUCGAAAAUCCAAAUUCUGGAUUUCAAAAUCCGAAUUUUAAAUCUCAAAAUCCGAACAUCCAAAUUUUGUUUUUCACAAAGCUGAUUUAUA